AUGGCCUCUGCUUCUACUGCCCCCAAGACUAACGCACCAACUGAACAACUUGUUAAACCCAAGGUCUUUGUUACUGCUCCGGUAGUGAACUCUACAGGGAAACGAAGGGUUCCUGAACCUUCUGACAUCUCCGUUCGCGAUGCUUACUCGCGUCACUUGAUGAUCCCGGUUGGAUACUCCAACCAGAUCUUCGCAAUGUCUGGCCCCAUGAACCCAAGCAUCUCUGAAGCUCUGAAGAUCAAGAGCUAUUUCCCCAUCGUCGAGAAACUCAAGCCAGUAGCAUGCGCCAAGAAGGACGCAGAAGACAACGAAGACCCUACACGCGAGAAAAUCGACCUCCGUUUCUUCAACAGAAGUGUUAGGGUCUUCAGGUCUUGCCCUAAUCUGACCUCUGACUAUGUUGCUUGGCUAACAAAGUUGGAGAAACAUCAAACUCCAGUCUGGAAGGAAAUGGGAAUCUUUGACCUAGUAAUGCUGUCGAAGACAGGCUUAAACUACUCCCCAGAGAUGCUUAUAGCUUCGCUGUUGUUUUGGGAUUACUCUCACUUCACCUUUCACCUUCCAUGUGGGAUGUUAACCCCCACACUCUUCGACGUAGCGGCCAUUACUGGCCUUCGACCAACCGGAGAUUACUUCGACCCGGAGGAGAUGUCGGAGGACCAAAUUGGCUUCUCUGAGACCAAGCCAACAUACACCACCUUUAUCAACCAUUAUCACGACAGGUCGACGGAUACAGUGUCGGAUGUCGAACACAUAGCGUUUCUAGCCUUAUGGCUAACUCGCUUUGUGUUUUGCUCGAAGUCUCUACAAGUGACCAAAAAGAUGGUCACUCUUGCCACCCAACUGCAUCACCGCCAAAACAUCUGUUUGGCAGAACUAAUUCUGGCCAGUCUUUAUGACUCAAUCAGCAAUGGGGUUACUCUCUUGAAACAUAUCGAAGAUAGGGCCAGUUUGCUACUCGCUGGGCCUUUCUGGCUACUUCAACUGUGGCUCAACGCCACUUUCGAAUCUUUCUUACCCAAGAAGAUUCAGAUAAAUGAACAAGCCCCAGCGAUAGCUAAUAGACGUAUCGAAGGAAUUAGGCUGGCUCUACUGACACCUGUGGAAGAUGGGCUGGAGUUUCAACAAACCUUCACUAACUUCGUUCUGAUGUUCGCUCGAAGGAAGGAAUUUGUUUCAACUAUGGCUCCAUUUGCUCAACGGAGGGUGGGGCCAGCAUGGUUCACAAGGCCACAUCCAAAGGAGUCGAGUGGUCCCAAUGUCGAUGAGCACACUGUACUUUGGGAGGCGUUCCUGACACCCAGGAUCAUGCCUCUUCGAUUUAAGAGUUCUAAGACUCAUUUGAGUCUGCUUGCCUAUCAACCAAAUCUGGUAUCUCGCCAGUUUGGUAUCAUCCAAACCCUGCCUUCUCCUAUUUUUCAAAGAGAGAAGUCAAUGUUGUACUUCUGCAACGAUUAUACAGAAGAAGCUGCCAUCAAGCAUAUCGGAAGAUAUGCUGGUCGAACAAUCCUCUCGCUGUUUGACUACCAGCUUAAUUUCCUUUGCUCACCAUCCUUUGAGGAGUGGUGGAGAAGCUAUUAUGCUGAGUACUUCUUCGACGAGAAGGACUUCAUGGCAGAGUUGCAGAAGUCUUUUGUCCUUGUGUUGGACAAAGUAAAGAAAUUUGUUCGAAAGCCCCUAGCCAAGAAGGCUACAGAAGGCCCACAAGGAGGAGUCCCUUCGACAAAACCUCCACCGCCGGCGAAGACUAUAGCGCCGGCGAAGACAACAGGCAACCAACAGGGGGAAGGCUCUUCGAGGAGGCCUCCUGCAUCGGCCCCUUCGCCCAAGAAAAGGGCAGCAUUGGUGGUCGAAUCGGGGAGUGAUGACGAAAGUGAUUCCCCUCCUGCUCCCUUAAAGAGGCGAAAGUUAACGAAGGACGCUUCUGUUCCUACUCCUGCCCCUGAAGGUCGAACCGUCAGAAUAAAGGUCGCUGUGAGAAAGCCUAGGCCACCUGCAGUGAUCAUCGAGGAGCCAACUGAGGAGGAACUGAAUGCUCUUCUUACCAAGCCUGUCGAAAGUGACAAUUCCAGUCCUGGGGCUGAAGUUAAUCCACAGGACACUACUGAAAGUUCCCCACCAAGGACUUCAGAAACUCUAGAAUCUGCUGACCUUAGCAGGCCUCAGGAAAAAGAUUUGGGCAAUGACGAAGCCCACACUGAGAAUGAGGCCAAUGCUGAAACAGUGGAGAAGACAACAGAAGAACCUAUGGUGGAGGAAACACAGCCAGAAACGGUUCCUGUGGUGGACUUGUCGUCAGAAGAGAAUCUUGAAGGAAGAGACCAAGGCAAUGGCGAAGAGAAUCAAGAUGUUGUUGACGAAGAGCACCAAGGUGGUACUGGCGAAGAACACCAGGGUGACGCUAGCGAAGAGCCACAAAAUGACGCUGGCGAAGGACCCCAAGGUGAUGUUAACGAAGAACCACAAGUCGACGCUAGUACCGCCUCAGUCCAAGUCGAAGAGCAACCAAACGAGGCACUCAACAUUCAACAGCCUCAAGCCCAAGAUAAUACUGUGGCAAGGGUCACCUCCUCAAAGUACAAGUCAAAAGAGGACUUGGAAAUCUUGAAACAAACUGACCCUGUCAGCUACCUCAAUGCAAUCAUCGAGAGUAAGAGUUCUUCUGACACUAGUCAGGAAAUUCCUACCCUGUCGGGGAAAUCUACUGAAACUUCUCCUCUUGAUGAUGCGUUGGCGAAGGUUAAGGCCCAGUUCUUCAAGAGAGAUUUAAUGAAGACUUUAGAGGGGGACCCCACUGCUCCAUCAUGCUUAAAAGAGGUUUUGAAUGCUGUUGACUUCGAAGCUGUAGCCCCAGAAAUCUCAGACUUAAUCAUGGAAUUACAUUCUAUGAUUGAUCAAGUCUCAGCGGAUUACAGGCGCCAACGAGGUUUUAACAGUCAGCUCGAAGUGCUGCAUGGCAAAAGCUCAUCUGCGUGGACUGCUGUCUCAGAUUCGACUUCUCGAAUUGCCGAGUUGUCGAAACAGAAAGCGUCUGCACAGGAAAGGAUCGAUGCUAUUGAGCGAGAGAAUGUCUCCUUCCGAGCACAAAUUGCAGAGAUAGAGGCGAAGAUAAACGCCAACACUGUACUCCAGAAGGAAAUUCUUUCGACCAUCCCAGACACUGAGAGCCAGACCGAGAUCAAGCAAGGCCUGGAAUUCGCUGAGAGGGCUCAAAGCCUCGACGCUCAAAUUGCCAAACUAGUGCAAGAAAACUCUUGGUGCAAAAAGAGGUUGGAGCUGCAGUAUGCCAAGUAUCUUCGACUCAAGAAUUCUCUUACCUUUUGA